GGGCUGUUACGAUGCAGAGCUCUGGUACCAUGAGGGGGUUUGUUACGGUGAGGGGGUUGGUCCCGGGUCUGCUGCUGGCCUUGGGGGUCCUGCAGGUCCACGGGGCCCCGCUGGACCUGGACGGCCUGGAACCGGGUUCCUGUGAAGACGGGGCGGCGGUGAGCGCCGCUCACCUGGCUCUGACCCGGAUCAACCAGGACCGGCAGGACGGCUACGUGUUCAGCCUGCAGCGGCUGUCCAACGCCCACAUGGCCGCACACGGAGAAGCCGGCGUGGUUUUCUACCUGACCCUGGACGUGGUCGACACCAACUGCAGCGUCCUGAGCAGGAGGGACUGGAAGAUCUGUGAGGCCCGAAGCGCCGACCAGAUGCCGACUUAUGGACAAUGCAAAGCUGCCAUCUACAUCAGUAAGGUGCACAGAGUGGUGCGUCUCUACAAGUACGACUGUGUCGUCAGACCAGUUCCUGCAGGCAGGGUGGCGGCCAUCUGCCCCGACUGUUCUCCGCUGAUCGGCAGCGACAACGAUCAGAUCAAGAACACGGUGUCGCUGUCGCUGGGGAAGUUCAACAAGGACAGCGGCCUGAAGAAUUACUUCUCUGUGCUGAAGGUCGAACGAGCGACGACUGGGUACGCCAUGGGGAAUUAUUACCACGUGGAGUUCAGCGUCCAGGAGACGUCCUGCCCUGCGACCACCGACGCCCCGGAGAAGUGCACACCGUUGGACUGCGAGUUCGCUCACAAGGGCUUCUGCAAGGCCUCGCUCUACAACCUUCCCACCGGAGACGAGGACAUCAGCGUGGAGUGUGAGAUCUUUGAGCCCGAGGCUGCGGAGAAGGAGAAGAAGCUCCACCUGCUGGGCGGAGAGACGGACCACAGCCACAACGACACGGGCGCCGCCGCCCAGGACCAGACCCACGACCACGUGCACGACCACACCAAGGGCCACGCCCACCACGACCAGAAGCACGCCGAGGGCGGCGAGCACCACCACACCCACGACCACGCCGCCGGCGGCGCCCACCGCCACGCCCACGACCACUCCCACGACCACGGCCACGGCCACGACCACGUGCACGCCCACCACGCCAAGGCGCACGACCACAGCCAGGACCCGCCCAACCACCACCACGACUACAAGCACCCCGAGGGCGACACCCACCACCACGACCACGAGCUGGCGCUGGACCACGACCACAAGCACGCCCACCUGCACGAGCACGAGCACCACCACCACCACCACAAGCACGAGCACGAGGGCGACGCCCACCACGACCCCCAGGGCUCCUGGCGCUCCCUGCCCUCCCUGGACCAGCCCAUGACCAUGCCCUCCUUCCCCGACGCCCCGGCCGGCCCCGAGGCGGGGGUCACCCUGCCGCUCAAGCCCGACCCCCAGAUCCCCGGGGUGACCCAACCCUCCAUCCAGGCCUUCCCCGCCGCCGUGUCCGCCCAGUGUCCCGCCCCGGCGCUCCGGGAGGACGCGUCCCUGGUGGAGACCCUCUUCACCGAGGACCCCAUGUUCAAGGCCCCCGCCUGAGGAUCCGCCUGAGGAUCUGGCUGAGGAUCCGGCUGAGGAUCCGGCUGAACCGCAGACACAGACUGACACGAAAAAACAACCCACGCUGAUUUCAAAUGUGAAGAAAACACUACCGCUACCCGACUCCUUCCUGGAGACACAAAUGUCACGUUUUCAAUCAUUCAAUAACAGCAGAUCAUUCUAAAAGGAAGUUCCUCACGGUUUCUUCUGGUUGUUGCAACUUGUUCAUGAAUAAUAAAAGAAUAGAACCACUAAA